UUGCUUUGGAUAAACGCUUAUUGCCAAACGAUGAGUAUUUACUGUGGAAGGUGGGGUGGCCAUUUUGCAAAUAGUACAGUUUAUAGUACAGCAGGCCCAAUAUCCUUGCUCAAGGCAGUUGCAAUUUACUCCGAAAAAAAUACGCCGCUAAUCCACCUAUAUAACUGUACAACCACAGCACACGACGCUCGUUCAACUACUGGGUAGGUUAUCGCACUCGUACCGCUCUAUGCUUGCGACGGGCCGUCAGGCCGACAUUUCGAUGAUUACACUAACUAUACAGCUCACCUAAGCACCGAUGCGCACACAGAUACCACUCGGGUAAAAAGGUAGCUGGGACGAGUCAGUAUAGCGCGGCGCAAAUACAAUAAAAUCAAAACAAUCAAUACCAAACCCUGAACAAUCCUCCAAAGCUUUGAUCAAGUCUAGAAAAACAGUGACAAUCAAACAAGCAGUAUGCAUCGACCGAAAAUAAUAAUUAUUAUUGCACUAUGUGUGUGUUCGAUCAUCGUUGUACGGAAUCUUGCACAGUGGAAUUAUAAUAUUCGUCGAUUUGAAGAUUUGAGGAAGUGGUCUCCAUUUUCAACCACCGUUGACAAACAAGAUGUCACCUUCGUGAAUGAACAGUUGGGUGGCCACAUCGUCAUUAUCGGUUCAGGGCCGACUGCUCUUGGGGCUGCCCAGCGACUCUUUGAAUACCGGGGUAUCAUGGGCGCCAAGAAUGUGACCAUCUUAGAGCAGGAGAGCCACCCCGGGGGUCUGGCCUCAUCCGAGCGGGACGAAAAGGGAUUCCUGUGGGACAUGGGCGGUCACGUGGUCUUCUCACACUACGAGUACUUCGACAAGACACUUGACCGUGCCGUCAAGGACUGGAACAAACGCAAGAGGGCAGCCUUCGCUUUCAUGAAAGGUUCUGACGGUGAGCGUAGAUUCAUCUUAUACCCGGUCCAGAAUAAUAUCGAGGUCAUGGAUAAGGUGGAUCAAGGCAAGAGCUUAGCAGGCCUGGAAGAGAUAACAAAUCUCCCCAUCGUUAAAAAGCCCGCCAACUUUGACGAGUGGCUUGUCAAGAACUUUGGCGUUGGUCUCUGCGAUGUGUUCAUGAGGAAGUACAAUAAGAAAGUGUGGACAGUCAACUCGACCGAGAUGAACUCUGUUUGGGUUGGGGAAAGAGUCGCCGUUCCGGAUAUCAAAAAGAUCAAACAGAAAAUCAAAGAUUUCAACGAGGGUAAAAUUGUCCAAGAGCAGGCCUGGGGUCCGAAUAGCUACUUCAGGUUCCCGAGUUUUAACGGAACCGGGAACAUCUGGAGGGGCGUGGCUAAUCUCAUCCCACGUGAUUGGUUCAAAUUUCAAACCAGAGUAACUGCCGUCGAUUUAGACUCGAAGACACUGUCAGUGCAAGAUACACGAUCCAAAACUACGUCAUCGAUGACGUAUGACACUUUGAUAUCCACGGUUCCUCUUGAUAACCUUUUCGGUAUUCUAAAAUGCAAUGAUAGAACUUUGAAAGAGAAACAGGUAUUGGCAUCCCAGCUUGUCUAUUCACACACCCACGUCAUUGGUGUGGGGUUGAAAGGUCAACCACCGAAGAGUCUAUCCGAUAAGUCAUGGAUGUAUUUCCCAGAUUCGGAUUCUCCGUUCUACCGAAUCACUGUUUUCUCCAAUUAUUCUGAUGACCAUGUCCCGAAACCGCGGGUUUUCUGGUCCCUAAUGUGCGAAGCAGCCGAGCCUCAAAUACCCUUCAAUCCCGGCUACUGGGAGGCUGCAAAACUGGUAACAGCAACCGUUGAUGCUUUAGUUGACUAUGGAUUCAUUUCAAAAGAGCAGGUCGUCUCGAAGUAUCAUCGUCGUUUAGAGCAUGGCUACCCGGUUCCUUCGGUUAAGCGUGAUCAUAUACUUAAUGUUCUUCAACCUUGGCUGGAGUCUAAGGACGUCUACUCACGGGGACGAUUUGGAGGCUGGCGGUACGAGGUAUCGAAUCAAGAUCAUUCCUUUAUGCAGGGGGUCGAGGUUGCCGAUAGGAUCGUCAAGGGUGUUCCUGAGGCGACUUAUCCAACCCCAAACAUUGUGAACUCCAUGAGGAAUGUUGAUCGACGCUUCAUCGACGGAACGGUCUAGCUUCAUCGUAAAGGAACAUUACCUAACUUCAUUUCAUUUUAUUUGCCAGCAAACAAUUACCCAAUUGGUUUUUGCAUUGGGAGACUUUCAGGACGCUUGGUGGCUAUCAGACCUACCAGGUGAAAUCCAUUGUUCUCGAUAAUGUGCGCACG